AUGAAAGGAACUAUGCAAGGACAUUUAUCCUCUCUGGUUAGCAAGACCAAACAAGCGGUGAACGCGGGUCUCACCAAGAUGGAGGAAACAGUUGAGAAGGUUCGCCAUCAUGCUGCAAACGUUAAUAUUCCAACUUCAGGACUGUCAGGUAGUUUAGAUAUUUUGGAUGAUGCUUCGGGAAAUUUGCCUGUUGAUAUGCCACCAAAAAUUGAUAUCAACGGAGAAACCUAUAAAAUUACUAAAUUAUUGGGAGAGGGAGGUUUUUCAUUCGUGUUUGUAGUGAAGAAUCUAAACACCGGAGAAGACUUUGCUCUCAAGCGUUUAUUAAUUCAAGACUCAUCUCAAGGUAUUCAAGCUCGAAAGGAGAUUGAGGUCAUGAAGAAAUUAAAUAAUCACGAAAAUGUGGUAAAAUUGAUAGGUGUCAAGGAAUUGCAAAACGGAAGAGCUAAUGAAAUUUAUAUUCUUAUGGAACUUGCAGAAACCGAAGUAGUGAGUAUGAUGGAAGAGAGAAUUAAUUCCGGUGAGAAGAAGUUUUCCGAACAAGAAAUAUUGAAAAUAUUCUUUGAUGUUUGUAAAGGAGUUGCUCAUAUGCACUCCCAAAACCCUCCGAUGAUUCACAGAGAUUUGAAAGUGGAAAACAUUCUCUACAAAGACGGUGUGUACAAGAUAUGUGACUUUGGUUCAACAACAACAAGAGUAUACACACUUACUUCAAGAUCUGAAAAACAAGAAGCGGAAGAAGAUAUCCAAAAAAAUACAACACUUGCUUAUAGAUCUCCCGAAAUGGCAGACCUUUACAGUGGAGAUCCUAUCAACGAAAAAUCUGAUGUUUGGGCUUUAGGAUGCGUUUUGUACAAAUUAUGUUUUUUCAAAGGCCCAUUCGAAGAUGCUGAAAGCUCUAUUGCAGUAAUUAAUGCCAAGUACAAAAUUCCGCCAUCGUCAUACUCACCAGCAUUGAUUGAUUUAAUUAAGAGUAUGCUUGUUGUGUCUGUUAAAGACAGACCAUCUGUAUUUGAUAUUACAGAAAGAGUUGGAAAACUUUUAGGAAAAGAAAUUGCUCUUCAAAGACCUGUGCAACAAUCGAGACCAACUGUUCAACCAUCAUCUCAACAAGUUUCCAAGUUCAGCCCAUCAGUUAGCCAGGCAACACCAAAUAAUUCUGGAGGUGGUGACUUAUUUUCUCAGCUUGAUUGGUUCGAAAAUGGCGGUCAACAAGUUUCUCCUCAACCUCAACAACAAACAUUUAGCGUUCAAAGAAAGGCUCCACCAUCCUCGUCUGUUGUUGUGAAGAAGCCACAACCAGCUCAAACGAAUUCAUUUGAAGAUAAUGGUGACUGGGCUGAUUUUUCCGAUUUAGAAAGCACUACCCCAUCUUCUGCAUCCACACCAAAACCUCUUCCAAAAGUUGAAAGUACUCAACCAAAAUCAACUCCAAAACCAUUGCCCCCAAUAGAAACAAAGCAAAAGAACGGUGGUGACCUUUUCUCCCAACUUGACUGGCAAGACUCCAAUGACUCUUUUAGUAACCAACCGCAAACAAACGUGAGCAGCCCUCAAAAACCCCCGGUUCUCAGACAACCAUCUACUCCAGUUAUUCAACCAACAGUGCAAAACCUUCAAGUUCAAACUCAACACAAACGCAGCUUGAGCGAAAGCCUACAAGGAAUGACUCUUAGUACGCCAUCACCUCAACCAUCUUCGUCAUCAUCACCAUUUCCAAUCAUGACAUUUACCAGUGAAAGCCGUAGACUUACAGUUUCCAGAGCUACUACUGUUGCUCCUAGACAACCUAGACCAAGUCAAAUUUCGUUGGCAUGUUUUGAUUUGUAUUCGAAUGGUGAUGAAAAUCUUUUUAUUGAAUAUUUGGUUUAUAUCAGAGAACGGCCUGUAUUCCUUGAUCAACAUGCUUGCGUGAAGGCCUUGAUUCUAAUUCAUCAUAUUCUUCAGUCAGCGCUCACGGACAAGUGCGAUCCAAUUGAUGCCAAGUCAUUAAUUCAAGAUAUCAAAGAAGUAUGGAAGCCAAGAGCAAAUCAAUUAAUCGCCAAGUUUAUUGUAGAAUAUGCUUCAUGGCUUGAAAGAAGGUGUGAAAUUUUGUCAGCUCUUAAAGACUCUGUUUCUGCCAAUUUCUCUAUGAAAGGUGAAAUUCAAAUUGCAGAAAUUUCAGACUUACUUGAUCUUUUAGAUAGCUUGAUGCAAGUUCAAAAAUCAAUUUUGGGAGACAAGACCCCUUCACCAAAGAUGGGAAGCGCCAUUCCAAUAGCAAGCGAUGCCUAUGACUUAUACUUGUGCGUAACCAACACUCUCCAAAAAUGUAGUGAGGCCAACAAAUUCUCUGAAGAUGUGAAGAAGGUUACCUUAAAGUACAACCAAGUGUACACAAAUCUUACCAGAUUUAUUUCUCAACUUGGCCAAUUCAAGCUUCAAGCAGGAAAUGUGAGAUCAAUACCUACAUUGCCACCAACUCCACCAUCGUUCUUUGGAUUACAAAAGACCUUGGUACAACCUCCUUCUACUUUGUCUGCUCCAUCUGUUCUUAAUCCAAACUUUGAAUAUAACGAACCAGACGAGCCAUACACGUACAAAAUUUUGUCUAUCACCAAUGAACCUCUCACCAAUGCAGACAUUCUUAAAAAGGAGGGUAAUAACGCAUGUGCGGACUGUACCUCCAACCAGGUACAAUGGGCACACUUGGGCUACGGUAUUGUUUUGUGUACUCAAUGCAGAUUGGCUCACUUCAAUUUGAAGACAGGAAGACUUGAAAGCUUGACACUCAACAAUGUUAAAUUAUCAAGAGAACAGCUUUCCUUCCUCAACGCUAUUGGUAACAAGACUGCAAACGAAUAUUUCGAAAUUGGGUUGCCACCAAACACUAAACCAAGCAACAAUAUCAACCAGCCUAGUUUACAAACCUAUGUUAGAAACAAGUAUAUUAAUAAGAUGUACGCUCGUGUUGGUAAUGGAGCAAGUUCUCCAAAUCAUAUCAGAUCGCCAAGCGGUGGAAUUGACCAACUUAAUCCUUCUCAGUUCUACAUGUAA